GGCUGGAUCGGUUCCUUCUUUCCCUUUCGAUCGCAGUUGUCCGAGUGAGCUAGAUAGAUGACUGUCUAUCAUCUGUUGAACAUCACAUGUCUGACGUGAAUCGAAGAAGCGACAAGAUCUGAAAAACCGAGAUAUGUCUGCUCCUUUCGCGACAUUCAUAUCCUCUGAUGUGGAAUUGGGACCAGGUGAUGUGAUGGCUCCAGUGAGCCCGAAACUACACCUUGCAAGUCCACUUGCCGCUGGUUUUAUUGCCGUCGCAGAUAUCAGGUUGUCUUUGGAGCAGCUCUUUCUGCACAUUUUCGACGAGGUGGUUACCAACCUCAGAUGCAAAGAGCAGCCAAGUUCUCGACGGGGCAACAAAAAGUUUCUGACGAGUUGUCUGAAUUAUCUGAUUCGGAAACGGUGCUGUUUUGCUAGACCUACUGGAGUGCGGUGACUUUUACAGAUUCUGAAGUUUCUCUCCACGAGUUCCUUGUUGCAGAAGCCGUUUUGACCGUUGUGUGACAGGGUGUGAGCGGUGUGAAGUCUGACUGGAGUAAAGGUUGUCAGACAUGGAUCUCAUACAAUCAAAUGUGGAUUUGUGGAGCACCGCUAAUCCGAAUGUUUGAGCUCUCCGUAUCCUCUUUCCAGAAUGGUUGAACGAUGUACUUACUUCAUUUUGAGAAUGCAAUCCGUUUUCUGUCAAUAACGGUGUUCUGAUCAGCUGACUGAAGUUCCGGUCGGUUGAGUCACUCAUACCAAGAAGAGAGUGAAAUGUCCACAAUUCAGAUGCUGGUUAAUUUUUCUGUGGCGUGUAAUUAUUUAUGUAACUGAUUUGAGGUGAACCGGGUUGGCAGAAUUGAACUAAAGGCCUCCUCUACCCCAGCUGCUGGGGUAGAGGAGUAUGCUGGGGCCCAGCAUACAACUAAAUACUGUUGCCUCUCAUCUCUAUACACCUCGUGAAGAAUGAAAGACUUAUUAUGAUUUGAUUCACUUAUUUGGUUUCCAUAUUUGCUUAAACUUGA